UGAUUCGACUAGAACAAUUAACCAAAAGUAGCGAUACAGUGCAUCACCUUCUGUAAAGUGGAAUUUAUUUUUGCCAGUUGCUGUACAGUUGAUCAUGGCUAUUCAAUGGGCUAGGCAGUCUGGACUGGAUGUUGUGUUAAUAGUUUGGAUAAUUGGACUCUGGCCUGUUGUGAUUUGUGAAGGAGACAUCUGUGAUAAUACAGAAGUAAUUGAAAAAGGAUGGAUUAAAUGGCCAGAGAAUCGAAUUGAAGGAAGUGUAAUGAUGUAUUUCUGUCCGGAUGGAUUCCGACCCUUUCCUGUCAGCUUGAGGUACUGUGGCAGGAGUGGUAGAUGGAGUCGUCUGAGGAAUGCUUACGGUGAAAAAGCAGAAAGGGCUUCAUGCGCAGCAAUAUUUUGCCCUGUUCCUUCUUUAAGAUUUGGAACGUACAGUCCUCCUCAAGACAGCUACACAUUUAAUAAAACCGUCAAAUUUCAUUGCUUGGAUGGAUUCCAGCUGGCCGGUUCAGCUUCGAGCACCUGUUUGCCAAAUGGUCAAUGGAGUGGCAAAGUGCCCAGAUGCAGCAGUUUAAGAACAUUCUGCCCCAACCCUGGAACGCCCUUUGGUUCAAGAAGAAACGGCAACAAUUUUGAUGUCCUUUCAAUUGUAGAGUAUGACUGUGGUGAAUACAUAUUACGAGGUUCAUCAAAACGUAAAUGCUUGGAAUCUGGCCAGUGGUCUGGAGUGGAGCCUCGGUGUGAAAGCAAAAAUGCUUUUGAUAAUGUGAAGGAUGUGGCGAGAGAACUGGAUGUCUUGGAGUCAACGAUACGCAACGCUGAGUUUAGUUCUGAAAAGGAACACGUGAGUGGGUUCGAUAUCUACUUCGUCCUCGAAGUUUCAGGAAGACUUACCAAUGAAAACUUCAACAAGACUUUUGACUUUGCCACAACUUUCAUCAAGAGGAUGUCGGGUGCUAACGUUAAAGUCCGCUUUGAAUGUAUUGCAUUCGCAUAUUUUUCUCAUAAAAUCAUAAACAUCAGUGAAAGCCUUACCGUGGAGAUGAUGAUAGAAAGGAUUAAAGGCCUUCAGUACAGCGAGUUUUACAACGACAAAGGAAGAAGAUUGGGGUUUGCCCUCGAAUACGUUUACAAAGACAUCAAUGAAACUUUGAACCUUCACAGAGGGCGAGCUAUGCCGAAACAAGUUAUUAUCAUCAUCACCAGUGGGAAAUACAAUGGAGCACCAUCACCUAUUGCUGUCAGAGAUAAAAUUUCAGCUCUGCUCUCGCACUUGCCAAAUAUUCUCGAUGUCUAUGCCAUUGGAAUUGGGGAAAUAGAUAAAAAUUACCUGGAAAAUUUGGUACCACUGAAGGAAACACUAGCACACGAUCAGCGGUAUGCCUUCUAUUUGCCAACCUAUGAUCAUCUAGAGCAAGCACAUGAGCAGCCGAGACGGGAUGGUACCUUACAGACCUAUGAUUGUGGCAUCCGAGGGAAUUUAAUCCAAAGACCAGUUGGGAGGAUAUUUGGUGGUGUCAAAUCGAAAGAGUAUGAAUGGCCAUGGCAAGUCAAUAUAGACUUCCCACAUAAAGAAUUUUGUGGAGGUUCAAUCAUCUCAACGCGUUGGAUUCUCUCUGCUGCUCACUGUUUUAAUGGCUCAUUGGACAUGAUAGAUGACAUAAGUAUAUGGAUUGGUUCCAUCAAAAGGAAGACUGGCUUGCAAAAAUUAUCUGUGGAACAGAUCAUCUUGCACGAACAAUUCAGUGUUCCAACAGAGAUGAACAAUGACAUUGCCCUUUUGAAGACUAAGGAAACCAUCGUAUACAGUUCUCACGUGAGACCUGUUUGCUUGCCUUGCACUCAAAGGAGUGCCCAGCUACUCGUCUCACCUACGAGCAGAUGGACCGAAGCUUGUCGCUAUGAAGAUGUUCUGUUGACAAAUGACAAUGGAAGAACCCAGAAGAUACCAGGUUAUGUGACAGGCUGGGGAUACUAUAGGAAAAGGUCAACUUUAUCAAGUUAUGAUCUGCAGCAUGCCCAAGUGUACAUUCAGAAUCGAUUGACAUGUACUUCCCCAUAUCCGCUGACUGAAAACAUGUUCUGUGCGAAAGGGACAGCAGCAGAUAGUUGCAAAGGAGACUCAGGUGGACCCCUGGUCAUGGAGAUAAAUCAUCGGUGGAUCCAGGUUGGCAUCAUCAGUUUUGGAAAAACGGAGAUCUGCGGACAGGACAUCAUGGGAUUUUAUAGUAAUGUGCCCAAGUAUAUGAACUGGAUUAGAGAGAGAGUAACAGAAUUGCAGUAUGAAUAAAGAGCCAAGGAUACAACCUUAACAUACUAGGUGCAAUAAGUAUCAAAUCAGAAGCCCAGCAAAUUGGACAAAGCAUCUUGACUAAUCAAUCUUAAGUAUCAUCCUGCAUAUUUUAAAUGUGUGGACAAUUCCAUUUUUUUUUGGCAGCAAGAAGAGUUUCCUCAGUGUGAUAACAAUUCAGCUGCUGAAGCUGAAAUUCCAAAGAGAAAAAAGAGAUGACGUAAUUACCAUAUGCAGACAAUUCCCUGAGAAAAAGCUUUAUUGUUCCCUUUUAUAAAUCUGCUUUGGUGUGGCUUUGAUGUUGAAGCAAGCAUGUUAAGUUUGGUCAUACAGUAAGCCUGGAACAAAAAAUUUAAUCUGAAUCUAAUGUAUUGCAGUCAUAACUCCUCCUCUUCUCCAUUCUAAAAGGACGCCCGUCUAUUCUGAGGCUGUGUCCUCUGGUCCCAAGAUUUCCAUCUUACCCUUGCCAUUUUCAUUUUCAAAUUAUGUUAAAUCAAUAUCCACUGUGGGAAUCCAUUUCCUAUUCCAGAGAGCAAUUGUAUGACAGCAUUUCCUCAAUUCCUUCUUCAUCUAUCUCUUCGGAAGACAAGUGCUUAUUGGUAAUCACAGACCCUUCGUUAUAUGAACAUUGAUAAUUGUUCCAACCUAUUCCACUUUGAGACUGAAGGCAGAACUGUUCCUCAAGGUUCCAAAGACUCAGAUUCAAUCCGAACCCAUGCAGCAGACUAUAUGGAGUUUAGACGUUCUCCCUGUGACCACACAGACUUACCCUAGCUACCCUUGUUACUUUCCAGAUCCCAAAGACGUACUGGAUAUUAAAUUAAUUGGCCACUGUAAAUUACCCCUACUGCAGUAGGGAAAAAUCAGGCGGCUGUUAAUGGGCAUGUCUAAGAAAAUAGGUUACAGGGAAUUAGUGGAAUGGGAUUGAUAGGGUGGCUCUGAGAAUGGUCAUAGACAGAAUGAGCUGAAGUCUUGUAAGGAAGUAUUGUCAGAAACAUGGCAAUUGAGAUGACAAAGAAAUUCUCAUUCCACUUGACUGGCCAACAUCUCACUUCAUUUUAGCAGUUUAACUCCUCAUUACUCCUGUUAUCACAGUUACCACAAUGCAUCCCAAAAUUAUCAAUGAGGUUGUUCAGUCUGUAUUGGGUUUAAUUUCAACUCAGGUUUGUGUUCUUCUUUGUUUGAUUGUCAAACCCAAUAUACAUGGACAAAGGUCUGCUGUAUUAAGCAACACACACAUACAAAGUGCCAAAGGAGCUCAGCAGGCCAGGCAGCAUCAAUGGAAAAGAGUACAGUCAACGUUUUGGGCCGAGACUCUUCAUCAGCACUGAAUUGUUGAGUGUGUGCCUUCGGGCUCCUGUACCUCCUUUCUGUUGAGAAGAGGGCAAGUCCUGGGUGAUUGGGGUCCUGAAUGAUGAAUACUGUCUUUUGGAGACAUCGCUUCUUGAAGAUGUCCUGGAUACGACGGAGACCAGUGCCCAUGAUGGAGCUGACUAAAUUUACAACUUAAUUGGGUUCUUUCGGGUUUCUUGCUUUGUGGCUACCUGUAAGCAAACAAAUCUCAAGGUUGUAUAAUUUACAUAUUCUUUAAUAAUAAAUG